CCUCGCACUGCGUCGAGACACCAUGAGCUUCAAGAAAAGUAAACUCGACCUCCUCGUCCGCGUGCGCUACCAAAACCCCCUCCCUGCACCCCCAUGUCCUCCAAAGCUCCUCGACAUCCCGACGAACCCCAUCCGCUACACGCGCCCCGAGUUUCUAGAUGCCCUCGCGAACGACACACCGCUCCCCAUGAUUGUCGACGCCGAGUGCGGGAUGCCGCUUGACCUUGGCAAGUGGGAAGCCCUGUGGGAGGACGGCGCAGACGACUCAGCACUCAACCCCGACAAGAACAACCUGCCGCUGCUCGACCCAAAGGACCAGUUCCUCCUGAGCGACCCUUCCAGCUCCGGCGGGUUCGGGAACGGCGAGUUCUCCCGCACGGGAUCGGGCGCGUCGACGCCUCUCCCCGCACACGUCUCCUGGCUGCGCAAAACGGAAUACAUCAGCCGCGAGGGCUCGUCGUCCGGCCCCCGCGCAACGGCGAUGGAAAUACGCAGCAACCACGACACGCCGGACGUCUCCCGGGACGCGCAGCUGCGCUCCGUCGAGCUCUCCUUCGCAGCCGCCAACGAUAACUUUGACCUCGCGGCGCUCCGGCACCCGACGAAGCCCCACCUCACCGCCGAGUCCUCGUACGAGAUCCUCCCCGACGCGGACAUCUGGGCGAACGCGUACGAUCUGUUCAGGUUCAGCGAGCGCCCCGGGGACCGCCCACCCGACGUCGAGGACCCCCGCCUCAACUGUGCGAUCAUGCGGCCGAUGGAGUCUGACGGGGACCAUUUCCUCGCGUACUACCUCACCAAAGAAGACGAGGCGGUCGAGCAGUUCCAGAACGCGCGCCGCGCGGCCGGCAUCGACGUCACCGAAAACGAGGACGAGGCGACCGACUUUCACUUCGUGCGGGACUACGAGGUCGUCAAGGUCGAACAGGACGUCCCGAACGAGUUCUUGCUCGUGUUCGACGAGGGCAACAUCAAGGUUGAGGUGCAGUCCACGGCCGGGGCCGCGACCGCGAACGGGCGCGCGCGCGAGCUCCGUGGGCGGGGCGCGUACUACAAGAACAUCGAACGCAAGAUGGUGCUGAAAAAGAAGCGGACGGAGCCGACCGAGCGCUUCCGCGACAAGUGGGCGCUCGUGCGCGUCGCACACACGCCGCCGAGCCGCGAGGAGGCGGAGGAGCGCGCGGAGGCGCUGGCGGAGGUCGUCGACCCGCUGUACCUCCUGCAACGCGACGCGGACGCGGACGGAGAGGAGGAUCUCGGGCCCUCCGUUUCUGUGCCGCCGCCGGCGGUGGAGAACGGGAUGAGCGGCCACAGCACGGCUAUCAAGGUGGACGUGUGACGGACACUGGACAGGCUGCGCGUCGCGCGACGUUGCUCUGGAUUAUUUAUGCGUGCUUUCUUAGUUGAGAUGCUGUGCUACUGCGCGAUUUUACAUAGGGUGAGCUGCGGCACCCAUGCAUGCAGAAACAAGUGUAGAUAGAGCUAC